AUGAAACGUAAUCGAUUUGUGUCAUCAUCACGACGAAAAGCUCGUAAACGUUAUUUUACUGCACCAUCACAUAUUCGUCAUCGUUUAAUGAGUGCACCAUUAAAUAAAGAAUUACGACGACGAUAUAAUGUUCGAAGUUUACCAAUUCGUAAAGAUGAUGAAGUAGCGAUUACACGUGGUCAUUUCAAAGGUCAGCCAUCAGGUAAAAUAACACAAGUAUACCGUAAGAAAUUUGUUGUACACAUUGAACGAAUUACACGUGAAAAAGCCAAUGGUAAUACUGUUCAUAUUGGUAUCCAUCCAUCAAAGGUUCAAAUAACCAAAUUGAAAUUAGAUCGUGAUCGUAAACGUAUCUUGGAUCGUCGUUCUAAAGCUAAAUUGGCUGCCAAAGGCAAACAUACUGAAGAAAGCAUUCAACAAACCUCAGCAACACCAAUGGAAGCAUCAUCUUAA